GAAGGUGACGGUUGGAGCCGGCGCCAUUUCGCGACUGAAGCAGAAAAUCGGAAUAAAAGCGGGAGGGAACCUCCAGAAACAUCCCGCGGCGGAGAGACGUGUGAAGGAGGGUGCUGUCCGUCCCGUUUGGCACUGGUUGACUGGGCACAGCGAGGGGGGCUCCAGCAGCAGCCGGCGGUGCUGGAGGAGGAGGAGGUGGAGGAGGAGGAGAUGGCCACAUUGCAGCAACAGCAACAACAAAACAGCCAGAGUCAGACCUGGAUCGGGAACCAGGCGACGCAAGCAGCACAGUGGGCCCAGCAGUACAGUUGCAGCGGCAGUGCGUCGGGAGCGGAGAAUUCCGGGAAGCCGGAAAACCCAGAAUGGGAGAAAGCCCGGCAGGCGCUGGCCAGUAUCCACAAGUCCAGCUCGCAGUCCGGGACAGGCAACAACUCCGGACAAGGGGGUACACAGAGUGCCCAGUACCUGGGGCAGCAGACAGACCCGGCUGCGAUGCAGCAGUAUUAUCAGCAGUGGUACCAGCAGUACAGUUAUAACUACUCUUAUCCGUACUACAGCCCCUACCAGAUGAACAUGUAUUCGGGUUACCAGGGCCAGUAUAACGUGGGCGCCUCCUACCCAGCAGCACAGCAGGGCCAGCAAGGUGCACAGCACAGCAACAACCGCACACAGCCUCCCGUUCCCGGUCUGGAGGAUAGCCUGGCCUACCCGGGCUCGCAGCAGGUCCAGGGAGCAUCCCCUCAGCAGCAGCAGCAGCAGCAGCCGAGCCAGCAGCAGCAGCAGAAACACAACGCAGCAGGAGGGACAGCGACCAAUCACUCUCAGCAACAGCAGCAGCAACAACAGGCUCCAUACCCGGACUCGGGGGGCAAGGGCAAGAAAGGCCAGCAGCUGUGGCAACGUAUGAAACAGGCAUCAGGCAGCGGCGGCGUCAAGUUCAACAUCUCCAAGCGACCGUACCCCGUCAGCAGUCAGAGCUUCGGAGGGUCAGCAGAGCAGGGCGUGCCCAACUUCCCGGAGUCCGACAGUGGCUCCCCGUCCAAGCCGGAUGACUGGCCCCAGGCGAUGAAGGAGUACGUCCAGAGGUGCUUCACCGCCUGUGAGACCGAGCUGGAUAAGGACCGCACCGAGAAACUGCUGAAGGAUGUCCUGCAGGCCCGGCUGCAGGAUGGGACGGCCUACACCAUUGACUGGAGCAGCGAGCCCCUGCCCGACCUCAGUAAGGAGGUCCCGAAGGGCAGUCCCCUGAAGAAGAACCGUUGGGGUUUGCCGAGUAGCCAGUCUCACCGCGGUGGCCUGACAUCGAGCCCGUCCCAGCGAGGAUCCCUAUCGUCCUCAGCCAGUCACCGCAGUGCCGCAGCCACAUCCCAGCGAGCCCGGGGCGGUGGGCAGCCUUCCCGUUUCGGUUAUCGUAACGUCUUCACCCGGGAACAGUCCAGCUCCUCGUCCAGUGUGGGCUCUCACUCCCGGUCAGCAAGUCGUUCCAGGUCAUCAUCUCGUUCACCACACCGACGGCACCAUCGCAGUGACAGUGGCUCGAGCUCCGAGUCUGACAGCAGCUCGUACUCGGGCAGUGAGAAUCGGCCCGUUUACCGCAAACCCCUGCACAAGGGUCGGGGCCGAGGGCGGCUGGACAGAGGGCGAGGCCGAGGGCGGAUGCAGAGGACCCGCAGGGAGUUUGAUACGACGGGAGCGGUGAGGAAGGGAAGGCGCCUGAAGAGGCCUGGCCAGCUUGUGUUCGAGGACCCAGACAAGGACUUCAAGAAGCAACGGCGCGCAGCUCGCUUCCAGCACGGCCCGACCAAGAGGCUGCGGAGCGAGCCCCUGGUGCUGCAGAUCAACAGCUUCGACAGCAGCACCGACACCCUCGACUGGGACCACAUCAAGAUCAUCGGCACGAGCCAGGAGGUCACCAAACAUUACCUCCGGCUCACCUGUGCCCCCGACCCGUCCACCGUGCGGCCCGUUCCGGUACUCAGCAAGUCCCUGGCCAUGGUGAAGACUCACUGGGCCACCCACCAGGACUAUGCCUUUGCCUGUGAGCAGCUGAAAUCCAUCCGACAGGAUCUGACGGUCCAAGGGGUCCGAACUGAAUUCACGGUGGAGGUCUAUGAGACACACGCACGGAUAGCCCUGGACAAGGGGGACCACGAGGAAUUCAACCAGUGCCAGACCCAGCUGAAAUCGCUGUAUGCUGAGAGCCUUCCCGGGAACGUCGGGGAAUUCACGGCAUACCGAAUCCUCUACUACAUCUUCACCCAGAACUCCGGAGACAUCACCACGGAGUUGGCGUUCCUCAGCCGGGAGCUGAAGUCGGAGCCGUGUGUGGCCCAUGCUCUCGCCCUGCGAGCCGCCUGGGCCCUGUCUAAUUACCAUCGCUUCUUCCGGCUGUACCGGGAGGCGCCAAACAUGUCCGCCCGCCUGGUCGCCAAGUUCGUGGAGAGGGAGAGGAAGCACGCUCUCAAGGCUAUGCUGAAAACUUACCGGCCUGCAUUGCCCAUCUCCUACGUGCAGUCCGAACUGGCCUUCGAAAGCGAGGAGGAGUGUCAAGGGUUCCUGAGCUCACUGGCUCUCACCUUUCUCGGAUCCGAUAGCACCAAGAUCGACUGCAAGCAGAGCGCCUUGCAGACGGCGAAUUUCUGACCCUCCCCCAGCCUGGGUCUGACGCUGGGGGUGGGGUGGGGUGGGGUGGGGGGGUGGAGGCGGUGGGGUCAGAGUGUACCUGAGCCAUCCCUCUCCGACAAUCCGCCAACUCUCCUCCGUUCCGAUGUCCCGUCUCCUCGCCUCUCCACCCCCGUCCUCCGCGCUCGCCCCGUCUUCCUGAUCUUUAACGUCCCUCCCCCUCCCCACCCCCAACUCCCCAUUUUUGGAUAUUGCUUGUCGGGGGAACGAGUUUCUGUUUUUUCCCCCCCCCCCCCUUGUUUCUGGUUUUGUUACUCUUCCCCCCAUGUGGGGGUGGGGUGGGGGGGGAGGGGGACAGGGCUUGGUGGUUAUGUUGGCGUAGAAGGUGAGAAGAGAAGGGGAGGUGGGGGAGCAGAAGGUGAACGUGUUUGUGGGACUCCCAUCCCGCUCCACUCAGUCCUGGAAUCACGCCUCCCUCUGCUGAGAGGGAGGGCCAGCCAGAGCCCCUCUUGAGCGUUUCCUCCGCCCACUUCCCCUCUUGAGUCUGUGGCUCUCCUUCCCCAGGAAGAGAAACGGGGGGUUUUGGGGGGGGGGGGUGGUGAUCGUGUCCCAGUAUUUCUGCCUCCCCGGUCGAGGGGUUUCCGCAAUGCUCACUGGGACUCACUCUGGCCAAGUUUUGGGAAUGUGAAGAGAUUCUGGCUCUCUUUGGGAGUUGAGGGGGAGGUUGGUGUGGAGUGUGAAGAAUUAACCCUGUGUACAUAAUGUCUGUGUAUAUUUAUAUAUAGAGGUAAAAGAUGUGUAUUUCACAACCUUUUUAACCAUUUGUACAGCCCCAGAUGUCCAGAAAUGAACCAUGUCUUCUCUCCCAUUGCCCUCUGCUCCCUCUCUUUCCCUCCCGUACCCCGUCCUCAUCCUCAUUGUCCCUUUUGUUGUCUUAUUUUUUAGCAAUCAAGUUGGACUUUGUAAAAAAAAAGGUUUUCUUGUAUGUGUGUAUAUUGUUUUUUGAUGUACCUGUUCACGGCGAGACGCUAACUAUGUUUCAGUUUUGUUUUCUCUCUUUCUCUCUCUCUCUUUCUCUACCUGAUCCCUCUUCUCACUCCUCCCCUCCUACAUUCUCUCUCUCUCUCUCUCUAUGGCUAGCACCCAGAGAGAGCGACGCCGUGGAACGAGAAAUGAAAAUGGCAGCAAUCCAAAACGCCGCAUGAAGGUCGCAGAAAAGCAAAAGAGAGAGUGAGAAACGAUCAAAACCGCAGUGAGAGAGAGAGAGUGAGUGAGUGACGCCGGAUGUGGAAUGCAGAGGGCGAGAGAGAGAGGAGUGGGGGGGGGGAGCCAGCGUUGUGUUUGGAAUGAAGAGCAGAGGGUCCCAGCGAUUAACAGACCCUGGCCCGUCGCCACCUCCCCCCACCACCACCACCACCACUGGGACCCAUCUAUCAACAAUCCAGCGACGGUGUGAGACCGAAGGGACUUGCGUUUGUGUACAACCCCGUUGUCGUCGGAGGAUGAGUCAGUGUUUCUCAAUUUCCUUUCCUUUUUUUUCCCCCCCCCUGUUUUUGUUUUAAAGAAGAGAAGAAAUAAUAUAUAUAGAUACGAGGAUGUCCCAUCUGUGCGUCUUGAUGUCCCGGCUGCGGUCAGAAGCUGGGGAAAGGUGGUCUUUGGUGGGUGGGAGGGCGGGGAGGAGAAGAGGAGAGAUGUGGGGGAGUUACAGCUGCUGGAGAACCCCCACCCCCUCCGUCCCAGCACCGCUGCUGUUUGAGUCAUCCCAGGUUAACCUUAAACCCCCACCUUCCCCCAGCCCCCAGUUUCCAGCCUUUUUCUCCUUUCCCCCCUCCCUCCUCACUUCACCUGCUUGCCUUUCCCUCCCUCCCCCUACACCCACUUCCAGGCAAUGGAUUCUGUUCCCUAACCCCACCUCCCUCUCCUGCACCUUGGACACUGUUUCUGUUGUUUCAUUUCGACCCUCUUUCCCCCCCCCCCCCCCACCCUUUCUACCCCUCCUCCCCAACCCCGCUCCUAACCAGACUUUUUACAGAGUGAAUAAUGUUUUAUUUUUAUUUGAAUUUCUGUCGCCCAGUGUCUGCAAUAAAAUCUUUUCACACGUUUUGCUCUAA